CGCGCUUACUUUGAUUCGGUCUGGAGAUGCCCAGAACCCUUCGCGCAAAGCACUGAACCCACACCAUGAGGGCGCAAUUAGCCCGCCAUGUCUGCCGACGGGUCCUCGUUCCUAGGGGCAGCGUCCCUGCCUGUUCGAUUCUUUCUCGCCCAGCUUGUCGUCACACACAGCUCCCGGUAGCAUCGACGAUAUCCUUCUCUCGACGAGCCCAGCGACGGACGUUCUUUGGCAUCCUCCAGAAGCCCCCGAAACAGAUCAAGAAGCCAGAGUAUGAGCCUGGGUGGACGACGAUCUUAACAUGGAGGAAUCGCCUUUUGGAAAGCGUACGGCCGCCGUCGAGGACAGAACUGGUUGAGGCAUUUCGGGACUUGUUUGCAUACAAAGUGCGCUUCAACAUCGUCGUCAACAGCACUCAGGCUUUGCACUGCCGUAACCUGUUGAGAUACUUGCUCGAGAAUAAGGACGACGAGCCGGGACCAGGCCUGACUUUGACCGAGUUGACGAAUGCGCGGGAAGCGUUGCUGAAGCUGCCAAAAGAGGAUACUAAAGACCAUCUGGAGUUCUCCAGGCUCUUAUACGAUGCGAUUAAGGAGGGACGAGCAUUGGAUUCAACAGAUCCUGGUGCUGCGGAGGACUUCGAGUCGUAUCUGGUUGCCCUGACCAUAUUCGGCGCAUCUCCCGAGGCCUUCACCACCUUGCAGGAACACUGGGCUCAGUUACCUGAAGCAGAUCAACCUGGCGCGCAGAAUCUUUGGGUCAAUGUCCUGCAGGGGCUGGCGGAGGAAGGCCGUGAGGCAGAGCUUGUGGCAGCUGUCAAAAAGGCCGAGAGACUCGGGUUGCCUUUCACGUCAAGUUUUCAUGAGGUUAUGACGACUUUCUUCGCCAAAAAGGACAAUGUUUUGGAGACCAAGAAGUGGUUCCUAAGGCCAGCUCACGACAGCGAGCAUCCAAGCCCCAGGACUUUCAAAGAAAUCUUGCAUUUUUCAGUGAGGAACAACCAACGCGGUUGGACAGCGCCGAUCUUCAAGAAGCUUGUUGACGCCAACCCGAGCAAAGAGCAUUGGGAUGUCAUCUAUCAAUGGGCAGUACUGUCCAUGGGCAAGGGGCUUGAUGACAUCAAGGGCAUGUUUGAUGUUGUUGCUCGCCACAACCCCGACGAUAGCGCCUUCCUGCCAGACACCCAAACGAUCAAUGGUCUGCUGGAGGUUGCGAUUGAGAAAAAUGACCCGUAUCUAGCAGACAGGCUUGUCUCGUUCGCGAGCGAGCUCGGCAUCCGGCCUGAUGCAACAACAUACCUUCUCCAAAUGGACUUCAAGAUCCGGGCAAAGGACUUGUCAGGGGCCAGGGCGGCAUACAUGCAGCUCCCAAAGGCGGAUCUGAACGGAGAAGACGACUUGCCCCUGAUCAAUAAGUAUCUGCAAGCACUGUGCUACCAAGCAAACCCGAAUUCUACGGCGAUACGCGAGAUGUUGGAUAUUUUGGAGGACAGAAUUGUCACAUUGGAUCCAGAGACAGUGGUCGCAUUAUGCACAGUCUUCCUCAAAAACGACCAGCAGUUUGAAAUUAUCGACACGUUGUCGCUGAACGUAUUUCAACACAGCAACGAACAACGACGAUCCAUUAGAGAUGCAUUUGUGGCAUACUGUUUAGACAAGAAAAACAGCACGGCGAGAGUUUGGGAUGCCUAUUCCAUCCUCCGUCAGUUCUUCCAAGAGACCAGCGUUGAGAGCCGUCUCCAGCUCAUGAACGCAUUUUUCGACCGCAAGCGCUCUGACAUGGCCGUCCAUGUAUUUGGACACAUGCGGCAGCACGUCAACCCAACAUUUCAUCCCAAUAGCGAUGCCUACAUUCAAUGUUUUGAAGGCAUGGGCAGGUGUCCCGACUUGGACAGCACGAAGUUGGUUCACAACAUGUUGAAAAUGGACACGAAGAUCCAGCCCAGCACAAGGAUGUUCAACGCUCUGAUGAUUGCCUAUGGAGCAUGCAGGAAACCGAGUCUAGGACUGGAGUACUGGCAGGAUAUUGUCCGUUCUUCAGAGGGCCCAUCAUACAACAGUCUCGAGAUUGUGUUCUUCCUCUGCGAACUAAAGGCCUUUGGCGAUCAGAUUGCCAGGGAUAUCUGGAAGAAGAUCGAGAAGAUGGAGGUCGAUGUUCCGCCGGCAGUCUUUGCCUCUUACUGCGGCGGCCUUGCAGGCAAUGGCAAUCUCCAGGAGGUGCAGAGCACAAUCAGAACCAUGAAGCGAGCUGUUGGGUAUGGGCCUGAUGCCAUGACGCUUGGCAUUCCAUUUAACGCAUUGCCUGGGCAAGGCUUGCAGCGAGAGUUCGAGGCGUGGGCCAAGAAUCAGUUCCCAGAGGAAUGGGCGGAGGUGGAGAAGUUCCGCUACUAUUACACUCCCGAAAAACUGAAGAAGUUCAAGCUACAGCGGAUGCUGAAGGCAUGAUGUGUACAAUAAAUACUGGAGGAGCUUCUUGUAUCUGUACAUUUAUAAUAGACGCCAAGAUGUUGUACAAUUCAUACA